UCUCUCGAAGUGAACUUCAUCCUUCACGAACCAGUAUAGUACUCCUCAUUAGAUACAAGAUGAAAGUACUUUUCGUUGCAUUUGAAAUUAUUUUCAUCUUCAAUUUGAUCCCUAUGGGGUUACUUCAGUUAGUUUCUUCCAAUCGACAGUGCGGGCAAAGCAUGUUUGCGAUAAAUGAUGGAACGUGUAAAAAUUACUACAUGUGUACCUUCAAUGGAGUUAACUUUAAUUCCUACGAUUUAAUGUGUGCAACUGGAAUGGUAUUUGAUCCUUCAUUGGGAUACUGCACGUCAUCCUCGAACUACGACUGUAAACAAACUACACCUGCAGGAAGUUCAACACCAAGUUCAGCACCUAGUUCAGCAUCAAGUUCAACACCAAGUUCAGCACCUAGUUCAGCAUCAAGUUCAACACCAAGUUCAGCACCUAGUUCAGCAUCAAGUUCAACACCAAGUUCAGCACCUAGUUCAGCAUCAAGUUCAACACUAAGUUCAUCAUCAAGUCCAGCAUCAAGUUCAACACCAAGUUCAGCACCUAGUUCAGCAUCAAGUUCAACACUAAGUUCAACAUCGAGUCCAGCUUCAAGUUCAUCAUCAGGUCCAGCAUCAAGUUCUACACCAAGUUCAGCACCUAGUUCAGCAUCAAGUUCAACACCAACUUCAUCAUCAAGCCCAGCAUCAAGUUCAACACCAAGUUUAGCACCUAGCUCAGCAUCAAGUUCAUCAUCAAGUCCAGCAUCAAGUUCAACACCAAGUUCAUCAUCAAGUCCAGCAUCAAGUUCAACACCAAGUUCAGUACCAAGUACAAUAUCAAGUUCGACGCAAAUACCAUCGACAACAGUACCUCCAUGUGUUGCAAAUGGAAGAUUUCCAAUCCUAGGUUCCAAUUGCAAAAAAUAUUAUUUUUGUUCCCAGAAUGGCAACGAUUAUAUCCAAUAUGUCCUUUCAUGCCCAACUAAAUUACUAUUUGAUAAAUCAAAACAACGGUGUGUAUUGCCUAUAUCUUAUAAUUGUACAGCCUAA